AUGAGACAGAAUAACAAUAUUACAGAAUUUGUCCUCCUGGGCUUCUCUCAGGAUCCUGGUGUGCAAAAAGCAUUAUUCGUCAUGUUUUUACUCACAUAUAUUGUGACCAUGGUGGGGAACCUGCUCAUUGUGGUGACUAUUAUUGCCAGCCCUUCCUUGGGCUCCCCAAUGUACUUCUUCCUUGCCUGCCUGUCAUUUAUAGAUGCUGUGUAUUCCACCACCAUUUCUCCCGUAUUGAUUGUAGACUUACUCUGUGAUAUAAAGACUAUUUCCUUCCCAGCUUGCAUGGGCCAACUGUUUGUAGACCACUUGUGUGGUGGUACUGACAUCUUCCUUCUGGUGGUGAUGGCCUAUGAUCGCUAUGUGGCCAUCUGUAAGCCACUGCACUAUUUGACCAUCAUGAAUCGACAGGUUUGCAUUCUUCUCUUGGUGUUGGCUGUGACUGGAGGUUUUGUGCAUUCUGUGUUUCAAAUUUUAGUUGUGUACAGUCUGCCUUUCUGUGGCCCCAAUGUCAUUGACCACUUUUUCUGUGACAUGUACCCAUUAUUGGAACUGGCGUGCACUGACACCUACUUUAUAGGCCUCACAGUGGUUUUCAAUGGUGGAGCAAUCUGUAUGGUCGUCUUCAUCCUUCUGCUAAUCUCCUAUGGGGUCAUCCUAAACUCCCUUAAAACUUACAGUCAGGAAGGGAGGUGUAAAGCCCUGUCUACCUGCAGCUCCCACAUUACCAUGGUUGUCCUGUUUUUUGUUCCCUGUAUUUUCAUAUAUGUAAGACCUGUUUCAAACUUUCCUAUUGAUAAAUUCCUGACUGUGUUUUAUUCUGUUAUCACACCCAUGUUGAAUCCUUUUAUAUACACAUUGAGAAAUUCAGAGAUGAGAAAUGCUAUAGAAAAACUUUUGUGA